AUGAGUGUUUCCAAAUCUGAUAAUGAUCAUAAGAAGGAUAAAGGCACACGUUCGAAUAUCAAAGAGACACCAUUCUUGCCGAUAUUAGGAAAUCCCUUUCUCAAUGAAUUGUUCAACAAUUCCAAUAUAGCGUCAAAUGCGGAGGUGAAGAAUAUUAUCAAUUUGCUUUGCUCCAGCCCUGAACAAUAUAUAGUUCUUGUUCCUGAAACAAAAUUCAUGCUUCUUGCAAUUGAUGACGAUUCAGGCAAAACAUAUAGGCAGUUAUGCAGUAAUGCAAACUUCUUAAAGUCGCACAUAAUUAAUGUCUCUCUUAGUGGUGGACCAAAGCACAAAACAACGAAUCCAGUCAAUGGGGAACUUCUGACACUAAAUAACAAGACAGUAUAUAUACGAAAGGGAAUAUUAAGGAACAUAAAUGGAUUUAAGCAUGACUUCACACUUAAGAUUAUUCGCCAAACAUUUUUCAGGUCGUUUGCAACAUACAUUCCUUUUGGUGCUUGCUUUCACAUCAUGUACAUUGAAGAGUCAGUUGAGGGAAAUCCACGCUAUCCAGGAAUUCAUCAUGCACGUCCAAAAAUAGUACCGGUGCAAAAAUCGAAAAGCAUUUUUCUUCUACCUUUAGACGACACAUCUAACGAACAUAGCAUUUACUCGUUUCAUGAAGUUCUUUCCCAAAUGCCGAAACUAGCUUCAACAGUGGGGAAAUUAUUUAAAGAUUUAUUUAGUUCCUUCACUGUUCGAGAAGCAUCUAGUAAUGAUGAUCUUAAUGAGUGUUUUACGAAUGUUAUGAGUAAGGGUGGCUCAAUAAUCAGCAACCUACCUGAAAGUACUCACAAUGAUAUCAAAGCAAAGUUUCCGUCAAUUUCUCUACAGCAUUCUGUAUUUGACUAUAUUGAAGAGAAUAUAUAUGAUCGAUUUUGGGCAAAAUUUCUUGAACUUAAUGAAUCAGAGAAGGAUUCAGAAAUAGAGGAUGCAUAUGAAUAUAUUGAUUCUCUUAGUAUUACCCAAUCAGGUGUUCCUGAAGAUUGGAUUUAUAAUCCCAAAAAGUUGCAAUAUCUUGAGAAACGUGUGUUAAAUGCCAUAUCUGUUUUUAAACGACUUCAGUUUGCGUGCUCCAGCUCUCAGCAAUGUGAAAUUCUAUACUCCACGUUUACUGUUUUGACAGGUAGUAAUACUAAGGAUAUAUCUGACCUGGACCUUCCUUCCAUUGAUGCUGAUACAUUAAUGUCUCUUCUUAUUGUUGUCAUUGCCCAUUCGAAGGUUAGGUUCUUGAAUAGGCGCCUCAAGUAUAUCAAGCUAUUUUGCUAUUCGGAGGAAAAUAUUGAAACAGGACCAAGAGGAUAUGCUAUAUCAUCGAUGGAGGCUGUAAUUAGUUAUUACAGUGAUUCAUUAAAUUUAAAGCGCCUCAAGGAUUAUUCACUGAAAAAUAUGAAUCUCUGGCACUUAAUCAAAGCAGUUUCGUCGGAUAAGAAUGUGGAAAACCUAGAAAGAAAUGAUCCAAGUCACGACAAAAUUCUUAUAAACAAAAUUACUAAACUUUUGGAUCCGUUCAAGUCCCCGGAGGCAGCGUAUAAAAUACCUGUUGAUUCAUUUAUCAGAAGUCGAACUCUGAAUGGAGAAUCAUGCCUGAUGCUUUCUUUACUAAGAAAUAAUUAUCUUUUGAUCAAAACGAUCUUUGAUUAUCGUUAUAUAUUCACAUUAGAUGACAUACUUGAGGAUCAGACUGUAAGCGGAACAACUCUUUUGAGUGCCGCGCUCCAAAUAGAAAAUCCAAUAUCAGGGGAAUUAUCAUUUACGAUAUUGCAAGCUCAUGAUUUUGAGAUUGAAAAAUACUGCAAUAUAAAGGACACGAAAGGAAGAAAUAUUGGUCACUUCUUAUUUCAUAAUUAUAAGUUGAUACCUAUUUUGGGACAUUAUAUCAAUUGGGAGGAUCGUGAUAAUAUUGGAAGGACGCCAUUAUUUUCUAUAGUUAGAUGUUAUGACCAUCAAAGUUACACGGAAAUGCUAAAAACAACGUUACAAAUUGUUAGAAAUUGGUAUGCUAGUCAUGAUUUGCGGUUCGACUUUAGAAAGCAUAUGGAUAAUAGGGAUAAUACACUUGUACAUAUUAUGAAGGAUGGAACAAGUUUGCAUGCCUACCUCAAAAUGUUUCCUUGCUUAGAUCUAAAUCAUUUUAAUGCGGGUAAGCAAACCCCGUUGAUGCAAUAUAUUCGCUACAGUCGUCUAUCUUGUGUUAAGCAAAUUAUAAUGGAUCCAAGGCUCGAGUUAUUAAAAACAGAUGAUAUGUAUCAGAUGAAUGCUGAAGAUUACAUCAAGGUGGAUAGAGUAGAAAACGUUGAAGAUGGAAAUGAAAAAACAAACAGGAAAAUUAUGAAUAUAUUGGAUAAUGAAAUUACCCAAAGGUUUUCUGCUACUGUGGACCAGUGUGCUUGCUCAGCAGUCAGAUUCAGAUUUGAUAAAUCCCAUGGAAUGUGCAUUUACUUUCGUUACUAUGAUAAGCGCAUUUCGAAUGAAAGGAAUGACACAUACAUUAUACAUAGUUUUAACAGUUUUGUUAAAUAUUUUCGAUUGAUGAAAAUGCUUUUCCCAGAAACUUACAUUGGUGAUAAUGACUUGUGGUUUCCAGCUUAUAUGAAAACUCAAGAUAUGGCAAACGUGAAUUAUUCCAGAAAGCUUAGGCUUAAUGUACUCAUGCUUCACGUUAACAUUCUUCUCACAUUUGUGCGCUUCAAUUCAACUCUAAGAAGUUCACCUCUUUCUACAGAAUAUUUGUCCGUUCAGAGAGCUUUGGAUGAAGUUCCUUAUCUCAGAUGUAAAACGCGUGUUCAAACGGAAGCUCUGCAAGCAUCCUUAACAUCCGAUAAUCCCAGGACAUAUAUAUUACAUCCAGAAAAUGUGGGGAACUAUAAUGCAUUUUUGAAAAUCUCCAAAGUGUCCCUGAAGAAAUUAUCUAAAAUGAUGGAUAAAUUCUACCGUUUGGUGACAUUUUCUAGUACAAAAGAAGAGGAUGUGAUAUACUUUGAGAAGAACAUUGAAUAUCUGGCAUCCAGAAGUGUUAAAAAAGAUGCUAUUACAAAAAACUUGGAUUGUAUUCCAGUUCAGCUGUUGAGUCUUUUAAGUUCUCAAAAGCAAUACAUAUCAGGAGCACAUCGAGCCGUAGAUGAUGUUCUUUUUGCCGAAUGUUGGAAACUGAUGAAGGCUUCUAUUUUGGAAAUGCUUAAACGUAUUGAUAACUUCUUGGAAACGAAGUUGCAGAACUGGUGGGGUCUUUUUGGUGAAAUAAAAGGUAUUCAGGAUGAAUUGAUAAAAAUCAUGAAUUCCGAAAAUGCAAAAAAGAGCAAUAAUAAAGAUAAUCAUCAUCAGAGGAAACUGCAGGGAACUGUUAUCGAUAAGGUCCUUCUUGAAAUUAGGAUGUUGCUUGGCAGUUUAAGCGAAAAUGCCAUUAAGGAGAUCUGGUCCAAGACAAAAUUUACGCCCGGAAUGGAUGGAAUUUUUGAAAGUGAUGGCGGAUACUUUUCGGGUCUUGUGAACAAGAGAAGAAAGGAGGAAGCAACGAUGCUAGUGGAGAAAUUUGGUAAGGUGAAGAAUAGCAUAUGCAUUAUGAAUGUCGAGUUGAAAAGGGAGUAUGAGGACCUUUGCGUUGAGCUAAAUAACUUUUAUGAAUUCAGAGGUCUUCUCACCAGAUUUGCAUUUAAACGUUACGCAAAAUCGCACAUAGAAGUGUUGAAGUUACAGAAAGAGAUGAUGCUAAACAGCUUGAACGAGACACAGAGAUGGAGUUCGUAG